AGCACAAUUAUAAGGACAUUAUACUACAUGGUGGUCGCGGACAAGGUUUAUUUCAGAAAACGUUMUAUAAAUGGAGCUAUAGACUAAAAUUAUCAUGACUGCCGAAGAGAGUAAAGAUUAUAUGGCAAGAACUGAGGUUCAUCARCUUUUUGAGGGGAUGUUAACUGGCUUACUAUACAACAAACCAGAAGACCACCUUAGUUUCCUUGAGCAAUGCAUAGCAGUUGCAAAAUCUGAGAAAAAUGACAUCAAAUGGAACACAUUUUUGGAUCUGAACAAAAAGCCCCUACCACCCAUCCCCAAGGGUGACGGACCRCUAAGAUCAGAAGGGMAAGAGGAAGAUAAAAUUGCAACAUUUGCCACAGAACCAGGSGUUGAGAUCAAGAGUAAGCAGCCAUUACCACCRAUAGGAGGAAGAAGUAUUGAUGACGAUGAAAAGGACUUGACAGAGAAAGAUAUUAUUACUCCUGUUGAAUCUGAUGAAGAAGAGGAGGAGGUUGAGGUGGAGUUUUCAGGACAGAGAAUUGURUAUGUACUGGGAGGACCUGGUGCAGGUAAAGGAACGAUAUGUACYCGCAUCGUGAAUAAGUAUCAUUACUGUCACCUAUCAGCAGGAGAUCUACUUAGAGCAGAAGUUGCUAAGGGUARCGAGAGAGGGCAAAUGAUUCAAGAUAUUAUCAGAGAYGGCGCAUUAGUUCCACAAGACAUCACAAUAUCACUACUGAGGGAUGCAAUGAGAGAGAAUAAAGAUGCRCCAGGWUUCUUGAUUGAUGGAUUUCCAAGAGAGAUUAGUCAAGGGGAGCAGUUUGAGCAAGAGGUGGUAGAUAGCGAUUUUGUGCUGUCAUUUGAGUGCAGCGAAGAAGUGAUGAGAGAACGAAUCUUAAAACGUGCUGAAACAAGCGGUCGUGCUGAUGACAAUGAAGAAUCAAUUAAGAAACGAUUCGUUACCUUUCAASAAAAAACGAUGCCAGUAAUAGAACAUUAUGAUAAAAUUGGCAAAGCGCACAGGAUCGACUCCAAUCGAACUGUCGAUGAAAUAUGCUUGGACGUGUGUCGUAUAUUUGAUGGCCUCCCGCCAAAAAUCCGUAAAACUAUUCGACGUAAGAAGAAAAAAGCAGUCAAAACAGAAGAACAGGAAGAGGAAGAAUGGGGAGAAUUCACAGGACAAAGAAUUGUCUUUGUUCUUGGUGGACCUGGUUCCGGAAAGGGUACGCAAUGCGCACGUAUUGUAGACAAGUUUGGUUACGUGCACCUCAGUACYGGAGAUUUGCUGCGGAAUGAGGUUGAAAAAGUCACUGAAAGAGGAAAGAAACUGSAGGAAAUCAUGACUUCAGGACAACUAGUAUCGCAAGAUAUCGUGAUAGAACUGUUACGAGACGCAAUGCUAAGUCAGCCAGAAGCAUGUGGCUUCCUUAUUGACGGUUUUCCCAGGGAAAUAUCACAAGCGGUUCAGUUUGAAGACGAGGUGGUCGAGAGUCAUUUCACAUUAUACUUCGAGUGCAGUGAAGAGGUCAUGGAGGAGCGUUUAAUAAAACGAGGUGAAACAAGUGGACGUGCUGAUGAUAACUCUGAAACUAUCAAGAAACGUUUUAAYACAUUCUUAGAGAAGACAAUACCUGUCAUUGAACACAUCCAAAAGCAAGACAAAUUAAAAAAGAUUGAUGCCAACCGUACGGUUGAUGAGGUAUUCCAAGAUGUGUGUGCAAUAUUUGGUGAUCUUCCAAAACUUGAACGCAAAAGAAAAGUUAAAAAAAMUGAAGAUUCAGAAAGUAACGAUGACUUAGCAGACCUAUCGGAAGAYUUAGAUCGUGUUAUUGCAGGCAAACCAUUCAAAAAGCGCCGAUACAAGAAAAAGACUAAAUCUCAAGAAGAACAGCCUCCUCCCGUCAUGGAGGAACAAAUCAUCGCWGAGGAAUUCAUUCCUCUUGGUGACGAUGAGAUCGCUAAAACUGGUAAAGGAUUGCUGAACGCUCGUGUCAUCUUUGUAAUAGGUGGACCUGGUUCUGGUAAGGGUACGCAGUGCACACGUAUCGUGGAUAAGUUUGGUUAUAUACAUCUCUCUACUGGKGAUCUCUUAAGACAGGAGGUUGAGUCAGGCUCACAGCGAGGACAAAAYAUAGCUGAAAUGAUGGAAAAUGGUGAACUAGUUCCUAAUGGGAUUGUACUUGAACUACUGCGGCUAGCAAUGGUAAAACAGCCAAACACAACCGGAUUUCUAAUUGAUGGAUUUCCCAGGGAACUAGAGCAAGGAUUGGAGUUUGAGAAAGAGCUUGCUCCGUGUGAAUUUCUUCUCUAUUUCGACUGUGCACAAGAUACAAUGAAGGCUCGUUUGUUAAAGAGAGCCGAAAGCAGUGGUCGAGUUGAUGAUAACGAAGAKACCAUCAAAAGUAGAUUAGAAGUCUUUGAACAACAAACUGUACCUGUGAUUGAACACUACGAACAACAAGAAAAAGUCAAAAAGAUUUCWGCGGAAGGCAGMGUAGACGACGUAUUCAACGAAGUGUGUCAAAUAUUCGAAGCGCUUCCAACUCGCAAAGCUGCUUCGCUUCAUGACUUUGAAGUUGUCUUCGUUGUUGGGGGUCCUGGUACUAAUAAAUCUGAACUUUGUAAACUUUUGGCCGAGAAGUCCCAACGAACCCAUAUAUCCAUGGGUCAAGUGCUUCGCGCUGAGAGUGAAAGAGACUCKGARAGAGCGAAGGAAGUGGCUGAAGCUUUGUCUAAGGGUGAUCUCGUAUCAUCGGAUCAUGCCAUAGCGAUUCUAACCGAGAAACUGACCAGCGAAGAAAAGAACUUUUCUGGUUAUGUCAUCGAGGGAUACCCAAGAACAGACGACCAGUUGACAAACUUUACAGAGAGGGUGUCAGAUUUUAGUCAUCUUAUUAUCUUGGAAAGCUCUGAAGAAGAAAUGCUUGAAGGUGGUAAAGAGGAAGGAAAAGAAGAAUUACUUCAAAAUAAGAUUAAAGUUUAUCAGGAAACAACGAAACCGUUUAUUGACGAUUGGGAGAGUGAACGAGUUGUCAAGGUCUCCGCUUCACAAACUUUAGAAGAGCUGUUUGAGAAAACCAGUCCGUGUAUAACCAAGCCUGAGUAACAUCGUAUUAAGAAUAAAGCCUUCCGCAAGAUUGUAAAUAAUUUUAUGGAUGAAUUCUCCUACUGUCACAGGCAGAUGGCACAACAUAGAUGCACUUAGUCAAAGUGUUCUUCAUGAACAAAUGUUUGUCUUAGAUAGGAAGCCAGGUUUCUUCACUGGUGCCAACAGGAGAGAGUUGCAAGCAACAUUGCUUUGGCGAACACUGAACAAAUCGCCACACAAACUGACCAAGACAUGAAUACGCCCUAUAAACUAAACUUGUAAAAAUUAUGCAUACGCAAUGAAUAGAGAGUACGUCAGGAAACAGUAGGGUUAUYUAUAAGACGUUUUGAAAGUAGAUCCAGCACAACUUUUAUUUAUUUAAAAAACUUUGGAUUUCAUUGACUUCCUUGUUUGGUGCUUAAACGUUGCUCAUUUGUUAUCAGAUAAUCUAUUCUARGCAUCUUCCGGUCCUCAUAUGCAAUGAAGAUUAGCAAAGACGCAAUUUUCAGUAGAAUACCACGUGGUUUGAAAUAGGAUAACAUUGCCGUGCACAAGUUGAGGAAGUCUAGAUCUGUUUCGGUCUGCGUUAGGGUUCAUGACAUUACUGUACAGUAGUCUUAAAAAGGGUAAAAAACAGCCUACAUGCAUGCAUUAUUUUAACUAGUAAAUCUCAGAAAUAAAAUCCUGUUGUAUUUAUCGUUCAGUUGGGAAAUAACUCUAGUAUAGUUUGUUGUAGAAUUGACUUUAUUUUGACGGGAGAAUUCAGUCAUUUAGUAAGGAUAUUAACGUCCGUUUUUUUUUUCCUGACACACCUGUAUAUUUAUACUAUACUGCCAACUUAUUUUACACUGAAAUACAGUCUUCUUUUAAUACA